GAAUGUGAGUGUGUAUAACUAUGCAUGCGUGUAUAUGAGUGUGUAUAACUAUGCAUGCGUGUAUAUGAGUGUGUAUAACUAUGCAUGCGUGUAUAUGAGUGUGUAUAACUAUGCAUGCGUACACCCGCCAUUGGAUGGAGGCUCAGACGGUGUUGAGCAGUUUAGCAACAUUGGGGAAGAAAUUCUUUUUCAGUCUUGUGGUGCGUGAGGAAGUGAACCUGUGACGUCUUCCAGAGAGCUGGUGUGCAGGCUAAGCAAGGUCUCUAAUGAAGCUGGUCCUUGACUCCUGGCAGAUGGAACCUCAAGGAGCAAAAGCAGAUAAGAAGAUUGACUCUCCUGAUGUUAGUUGAGAUAUUUUCUGUAGCAGAGGGCAGGAGGAGAUGAGGAGGAGGUUAAGGCCUUGGUUUGAUGGAUUCCGAGAUCACCGGGAGCACGGACUGCUUUCACCUGUGACGCCAGCCUCCCCCCCCCUGCCUGCCCGCCCUCUGGCAUCGCUCCGUUUUGUCGGCCUCCUCCGGCGCUCUGUCCACCCGGCUGUGAGCAUGCGGAGUGUGUGCGUGUCACCCCCGCUGCUGCUCUGUGCCUGCGUGUCCCUGCUCCUGCCCUGCUCCAUCGCACAGCCCCCCGCAGAAAGUGACACCUACACGGAAUGUACAGAUGGCUACCACUGGGAUCCAGAGAGCAAGCACUGCAAAGACAUAAACGAGUGUGAGACCAUUCCGGAAGCCUGCAAGGGCGAGAUGAAGUGCUUCAACCACUAUGGAGGCUACCUAUGCCUCCCGCGCUCCGCCUCCGUCAUCCCUGCCCCCGAACCGCCCAACCAGUCGGAGCAAAACUCCUGUCUCCUUGGGUACGAGCUGCAGGGGGACAGCUGUGUGGACGUGGAUGAAUGUGAGCAGGACACCCACGACUGCCAGCCGAGCCAAGAGUGCUUCAAUGUGCCGGGAAGCUUCACCUGCCAGUGUCCUGAGGGAUACCGCAAAGUCGGCACCGAGUGCAUUGACAUAGAUGAGUGCCGGUACAGGUACUGCCAGCAUCGCUGUGUCAAUGUUCCUGGGUCCUUCUCCUGUCAGUGUGAGCCUGGGUUCCAGGUAGCCGGGAACAACCGCUCCUGUGUAGAUGUGAAUGAGUGUGAAAUGGGGGCCCCCUGUCAGCAGAGAUGUUAUAACACCUACGGCACCUUCCUGUGCCGCUGCCAGCAGGGCUAUGAGCUCGGCUCCGACGGCUUCACCUGUAACGAUAUCGACGAGUGCAGUUACUCCAGUUUUCUCUGCCAGUACCAGUGUUUGAACCAGCCAGGAAAAUUCUCGUGCGAGUGUCCGGAAGGGUACCAACUGCACGGACCACGCCUCUGCCACGAUGUGAACGAGUGUGAGAGCGACUCGCAUCUGUGCACUGACGGACAGACGUGCGUGAACAUCCACGGCUCACAUAAGUGUGUGGACACCAACCGCUGCCGGGACCCUUAUGUGCAGGUGUCUGACAACCGCUGCGUUUGCCCCGUAACUAAACCCGCUUGCCGCGACGUGCCUUUCUCCAUCGUGCAUCGCUACAUGAGCAUCACAUCCGAGCGUGCCAUCCCCUCAGACGUCUUCCAGAUCCAAGCCACCAGCGUCCACCCAAGGGCCUACAAUACCUUUCGCAUCCGCUCUGGGGACGACAACGGCGACUUUUACAUCAGGCAAAUUAACAACAUGAAUGCCAUGCUGGUCCUGGCCCGUGCUGUGACCGGACCCGAUGAGUACGUUCUGGACCUAGAGAUGGUGUCCGUCAACCGCGUCAUGAGCUACCAGAGCAGCUCCGUCCUACGUCUGUCCAUCUACGUGGGACCGUACGCUUUCUAGGGAAGGAGUGACCAGCAGAGAAUAAGGGAGUGAGAGACCGAGGCAGAAAGGAUAGAGUGGAGAGAUAGUGAGAGGGAGGGAAGGAUAAGAGGGAUAGAGAUCAGGGGAAUGUUGGGGUGGCCAACAAGGAAUGGAAGGAGAGAGAAACUCAGAUCCACGUUCACCCACAUUCAGGCCUUUGUCAGCUGGUCCUGUCUGGAUUUAGUCAAAACCAGUGUGAUGAUAUCAAAGAGUAACUAAUGUCAGGCAAAUCUCCAGUAGGGACCAACCAUGCAACCAUUACGUCACAUGGCAGACAAGGAUGGGUUUAGUGAUUGGCGGCAACAAAUUUGUGAGCGUGUGGCGCCUCCUGAAUAGGACGAGCGUCUGACUGUGGAGGCCUUCCAAGGCCAAACCCUGGUUUUUCUUCAGAGAAGUGAAACAUGCCCUGUACCAGUGCUUUGGGAAAUUGAGAUGAGAAUAAAGAUGAAGAUAUUUAAAAUA